GAAUGUUAUUCUUGAGCAAGUUGAUAGGACAGCAGUAUCAUCAUCAAUCGUAGCCAGUGUAGAGCAGUGUGAAUGUCCGCCAACCUAUGAAGGUCUCUCAUGCGAGUCUUGUGAAUAUGGCUACCGGCGUGUAAACAACGCCCUCUAUGGUGGAAUAUGUGAAAGGUGUGACUGUAACAACCACUCACCGGAAUGCGAUGCGUACACGGGAGAGUGCUCACAAUGUGAUCACAACACAUAUGGACCUCAUUGUGAAUAUUGUUUAAAUGGUUUCUAUGGAGAUGCAACAUCCGGUCUAGCUGAUGCCUGCCAACCCUGUGCCUGUCCAUUAAUGGAACAGGGAUCAAGCUUUAGUGCCACCUGUGUAGCUGACGAUCGAUACGGGUUUGUGUGUGAUCAGUGUGUUACCGGACAUGGAGGACCACGAUGUGACAAAUGUGUUGAUGGUUUCUAUGGCGAUCCCAUGAUGACGGGCAUGGCCUGCAAACCUUGCUCUCUGAACUGUAACAGUAAUCUGAAUACAUCUUCACCGGGCAGCUGUGAUACUGUCACCGGGGCGUGUCUCGUAUGUAGGGAAGGUACUGCUGGAGGUCACUGCGAGAAGUGCGCCCUCGGAUAUUAUGGAGACGCAUUGCAAAGGACUUGCCAAGCCUGCCAAUGUCACGAGGCUGGUUCCAUCUACCCACAGUGUGACGAGGUCAGCGGGUCAUGUCAGUGCAGGUCAAAUGUCACAGGUCGGCAAUGUGACACCUGUUCACCUGGACACUUCAACCUUAGCAAUGAGGGUUGCCAAUCAUGUGACUGCCACUCUAUCGGUUCAUUGGAUGAUAUCUGUGAUGUCAUGACAGGACAAUGCCGAUGCAAGCUCGGGGUAUCUGGUCGAAGUUGCGACCAGUGUAUGGCUGGUUUCUGGAAUUUUGGAGAAAAUGGUUGCCAAUCCUGUGAGUGUGAGCAGUCUGGUGGUCUUUGUGAUCCUCUGACCGGUCAGUGUGGUUGUCCAGCCAACGUCAUUGGUCAGCGAUGCGACUCCUGUGCCCCUGGGACGUGGGGAUACAACUCCAUGUUUGGGUGUAAGCCAUGCAACUGCAGUGAUAUUGGAUCAUCAAGUCAGCAAUGUGAUCUGACAACAGGAGAAUGCAGGUGCUAUAAAAGCUAUGAAGGAAGACAGUGUCUGUCCUGCGGAUUUGGUUACUAUGGAUACCCUAAAUGUCGCAAGUGUCGCUGCAGUCGUAGAGGACGGGAUCCAUCUACGUGUAGGGGUGACCUCUGUGAUUGUAAUGAGGAGGGCAGCUGUGUCUGUAAGGCCAACAUCCAAGGGAAGAAAUGCAGCAAGUGUUUGAAGGGUAGCUUCAGUCUUCAGCCCAAGCUACCUACAGGAUGUACCAGUUGCUUCUGCUUCGGGAUCACAGAUAAAUGCUCUCAAGCUGACUACAUAUCAAAGAGGAUUGAUAUGAUAGAAGAAGAUGCUAGUGAGCUGUUUGUGAGUGAUGGUAACAGGUUGAGUACAACACAGACUGGUGUUACUCACUACUCAGCUGGUGGGGGUGUUAACGUCACUGCAGCACGGGUGGCUCUUAGGACCAGACAUGUGUACUGGAACCUCCCUGAAGUAUUUCUUGGCAACAAGGUCACCGCCUAUGGAGGAAUGAUCAAGUACAAGAUAGACUACACGGAACCAAAGAGCACCGAUGGAUGGUCUGAAGCUAGACCUUAUCUGCCUCAUAUCAUGCUUGUAGGAGAGACACACUCUCUUGUCAUUCCUGUCUCAAAUCUCAACGGAAAAUCAAGACCAAAACUUGAGCUCUAUGAGCACAAUUUUCUCCACCAAGGUACCGGCAUUGCUCCUACCAGGGAAGAGUUCAUGAUGGUUCUUCAAGACCUUCAAGCUAUUCUUCUUCCUGCUUCUCAGACCUACCAAACACUCUCAUCUAGGAUAUCCAGUGUUUACAUGGAAGUAGGAGGACCCAGAGGCAAUGAUACAACUAGCCUUACCGUACUAGGGAUAGAGCAAUGUAAAUGCCCUAAAGGAUAUCGGGGCACAUCUUGUGAGGAGUGUAUGCCAGGCUAUGUGAGGGUACAAGAAGGGCCAUACCUCGGAAGAUGUGAGCUGUGCACCUGUCAUAAACAUUCUGAUGUUUGUAAUGAUGGCAAUGGCAAGUGCAAGGAUUGCCAACACAAUACAACCGGGUCAAGAUGUCAUCUUUGUGCACCUGGUUUCUAUGGCGAUGCUACCAGAGGAAAGAGCAAUGAUUGUCAGCCAUGUGGAUGCCCUCUUAAUAUAUUAUCUAACAAUUUCAGUCCCUUGUGUGAGUCUGCAUCUGAUGGCGGUUACAUCUGUACAGCUUGCCCCCGCGGGUACAGUGGGAGAUACUGUGAAAGGUGUGCUCUUGGUUAUUAUGGCAACCCCUUUGUCCCAGGAGGAAGCUGCCUCCCCUGUGGCUGCAAUGAAUACGGCUCAAACUCUACAGCGUGUAAUAGCACCACUGGACAGUGCCACUGCAUUCCGGGGGUGACAGGACGUAGCUGUGAUGAGUGUAGCCCGAGGCAUGUGAUUACAGGAGAUGGAUGUACUUCAUGUGAUGAUGGUUGUACCGGACCUCUACUGGAUGCUUUGGAUGAGAUGAAAGAUGAUGUGGAUGGUCUCAACACCUCAAGAUUUAUCCCCCCUCCAUGGCCCAUCCUCAUGCGACUUACAGAUGAGAGAAAUCAACUCCAGGAUCAGGUGGACUCUUAUAAUCGAGCUGUGGUUGCUGCCAAUGAAUUGAUCGCUUCACUCCCGAAUGGUACCAAUGAUCUUAGCGCUCAGACAAGAAGGCUGAGGAGAAAACUUGAUAGAUACGCAGGAGGGACUGAGUUGGUUGCUAUGAAUGCGUCGGAUGUCAACCUCAGGGCCAGACUCUUAAAUGAGCAAGUCAACGCAACAUACAAACUCAUUAAUGAAACGGUUGCGGUGUUUAAGGACCAGUUCUUUAACCAAGGUCUUUUACCUGCCAGAGAGAACGCACAGUUGAUCAACAGAGCCAUGAGAGUCCUUGAGGAAUUAAGGGACAGGUCCUUUAUAGAGAUGCAGGUUGCUGCGAUAGAAGAGAGAAGACUAGCUAGAAUGAGUCUCAACAAGACAAGUAAUGGUUACGCUGAAAUGCUUCGAGAUCUUUACGCCAAGAUCGCUCAAGGCAAGGAGGAUCUGAAUGAUUUCAUUCUCAAGUUGGAUGAACUACUUAUCAGGUGCAGAAUGGCUGAUAGGACGACCACCGAGGCCUUUGAAUUCAUCGAAAGUGCAAAUGAUUCUUCUAAUGCCCUUCAGAACAUCACUGAUAUAAUCAAGGAGAAAAAGAGGCAGAGUGAGGGUGAUAUCCAGGAAGCAGAGCGUCUGUUACUGGCUGCUGAGGAUCUUCUUAGAAUGGUCAACAGCAGCUUUCAGAUGUCUGAUGCUGACCACAUGAAUCUGAGUAUACUUCUACCUGACCUUGUACUACGAGCUGAUCAGAGUGACCUUGAUCUGAUUGAGCUUGGUGAAGAGGCAGAUGCUGCAACAGAACAUGCUAUAGAACUCCACAAUAGAUCAGCGCUCCUUGAAAACCUUCUUCUACCAACUCAGCAACAUGCUCAACAGUCUCUUGAAGCUGAAAGGGCAUACUCUGACAUGGUAAAGGCCAUCAAUGAGGCCCAUAAUGCAUCACUGCAAGCCAAGAUGAUGGCAGAUAAAGCAUAUGAAAAGACUUACGGCAACGGUUCUCAGUCACUUGGCCAACAAGCCAGAGAGCUCAGAGACACUGGUUUCAAUCAACUCCAACAGACUUCAUCCCUAGAAGUCAACCUUCAGAAUUUGACCUCCGACCUUGCUGACCUGAAAGGCCAGAUAGCAGAAGUCAAUGCUUUGCAAGAGAAGGCAAGCCAAGGAAUGGAAGAGAUAAAACUAGCUUUGCCCUCACUGGAAGGAGAUGUGACAGGUGAUGCUCAGGGAUCUAUCAUCAGUUCCGCAAGGGCAGUAAACCUAGCAAAGCAGGCUACUGACAAGUCAGCUGGGAUCAUUGUGCGAUCUGCAGUACUAAAGGAAAAGCUGAACGGUAUCGGUGCAAAGUAUCAGGCUUAUAUCAAUGCUACUGAUGACAUUGCCAACUCAGUGGAGACAUCAGCCAGAAUAGCAGAUGAGAUGGGUAUGAAGAUGGACUCAAUGCGCAAACAAGCUCUUCAUAUUGACCGACAGAGGGCGCCAAUGGAACUUAACCUUAGCCAGCUGAGGGACAAGAUUAGACACGCUAGGACUGAGGCAUCAAGGAUCAAUGUAGCUCUGCUUUGCCAAGGGGACUGUGCACGGAGUUAUAACCCUCAAGCUUCUAGCACUGCCUUCAAUGCUCUGGUGCUCAACAUCAAUAUCUCAACUCCAAACAACAUGAUCUUCUAUGUUGGCAACAAUAUUAGUGGUGACUAUCUUGCAGUGGAAACUAUUGAGGGUCAGGUGAGGCUAAGCUGGGAUUUAGGAUCAGGGAGGGGUGAAGUUGUGCACCCAUCCAAUCUCUCAGCUAAUCAAGACUGGUAUAAAGUUAAUAUAGAAAGAUUUGCGAACACCGCUUCUUUGAAAGUGGAAGAUUCCAACCAGGCCAAAACCUCCAAUGGUAGUUCGGUGACAGGGUUUUCACCAGAAGGUAGAAAUGUUCUUGAUGUUAGGGAAGACAGCAAUCUAUUCAUCGGUGGCAUCCCUUCCAACUUUAACAUUCCUGUGUUGUCUACCAGGUCAUUUAAUGGGACCAUAGGAGACGUCAUAUUUGAUGAUGUCACUAUUGGUCUUUGGAACUUCAAAACCUCAGAGGGACCUGGAGAGGGAAGUUUCAGAAGCCCAAUUGUGACGAGUACUCCAGAACCAGGAGCCUACUUUGACGGCACAGGCUAUGCAAAGCUCAGGCAGCCACCCCUCUGGGAUGAAUACAUCAAUUCACUUAACUUUGACAUCAAGACAUUGUCAGAGAACGGCUUGCUCUUCUACAGUUCCUCAGAAGAUCAGAGUUCAUUCAUAUCGAUUGAAAUGGAGGCUGGACGUCUGGCCAUCAAGCAUGAUCUUGGAGAUGGUGUUGGUAUCCUAGUGUCUCAAAGCAAGAUUAAUACUGGAGAGUGGCAUGCAGUCAGUAUCAAUAGGGUCAGACAAAAGAACAACCUUUUCAUUAACGGUAACAAUGAGGGCAUGGUCAAGUCACCGGGCUCAGAGGUCAAUCUUCAGGUCACAGGGGUCAACUUUGUCUAUGUUGGAGGAGUUCCAUCAGACUUCACAAUAUUUCGCAAUGUCACCAACCAGAAAUUCCGGGGAUGCCUUCGUAAGUUCUUCCUCUUCCGGUCUGCUUACCAGUUGGUCAGUCCUGGAAGCUCGUUUGGGGUGACUCAUGGCUGCUCUGAUCAGACACAACGAAGUGUAGGAUUUUCUGGUUAUGGCUAUGUGACAUUCCCACCCAUCCCUCUGUCAAGGGAGUCAGGUAUCACUGUGACCUUCACCACCCUCAUGCCGAACACUACCAUUCUAGCAGCGGGGGAGACUCAGGGAAGGAAACGGAGGGACGUCGAUCCAGAUGCAACUGACAUCUCCUAUGCUAUUGGGCUCAUGAAUGGACGUGUCAUCGUUCAAAUCAACAAUGGUCAAGGAAGAUUAACCCUCAGAUCCAAGAGAGGUGAUAGUCCUUACAAUGAUGGUGCUGCUCACAAUGUUGUCCUGGUCAAAAAUGAUAAGAGGGUAAAUCUAAUUGUGGAUGAUCGUCGCGUUGAUACAGGCCGCCUAUCUGGUACCGAGCUCUAUAUCAAUGCCAUGUCUCCCUUCUAUAUUGGCUCAUCAGGGAAUCUAACCCUCAGUUCUGAGUUCUCUUCUUUACCAAGUUUCUCAGGGUGCAUUGAAAAUCUUAUCGUCAUGAAAGAAUUGCUGGGAUUUGAGAAGGCAGCCAGCUUUGAAAAUGUGACCAUUGGAAAAUGUGGACCUCUAACUAUACCUCAGCCUCUGUUGCCUGCUACACCCAUUCCUCCAGAAGAGCUAGAAACCCUGUGCUAUAAUCCUGGAACACCUUCAAUGGCCAACACAGCUGGAAGGUUUGGGAGCGUUCCAGGCAGUCAUUUGGCCUUCCAAAUCAACCCUCAAGAAGUUGCAAAAGUGUAAGUCUAUAAGUUGAAUAUUGUUUCUGCGUUAGAGUUGGAUUAAUGAUGUAACGUUGGUGAUGAUUUUGGCGGUGGUGGUGGGGGUGGUGGUUAUGGUGGUGGUGAUGAUGGUGAAUUUAGUGAUGAUGAUGUUGAUGAUUAUUAUGAUGAUGAGGAUGAUGAUUGUGAUGAUGAUUAGGAUGGUGAUGAUGAUUGUGAUGAUGGUGAGGCUGAUAAUGAUGAAGAUGAUGAUGAGGAGGAGGAGGAGGAGAAUGAUGAUGAUGAUGAUGUUGUUAAUGAUGUCAAUGAUGUUAAUGAUGAUUUGAUGAUGGUUGAUUAUCAUGUUGAUGAUGAUGAUGAUGAUGAUGAGGCUGAUGGUGAUGAUAGAUGAUGAUAAUGACAAUGAUGAUGAUAUUGAUGAUGAUGAAGAAGAUAGAUGAUGAUGAUGCUGUUAAUAAUGUGGAUGAUGGUAAUGCUGUUGAUGGUGAUUAUGAUGUUGAGGGUGAUGAGGCUGAUAAUGACAAGGAUGAUGAUGAUGAGGAGGAGGAGAAUGAUGAUGUUAAUGAUGUCAAUGUUGUUGAUAAUAAUGAUGAUUUGAUGAUGGUUGAUGAUGUUAAUGCUAAUGAUGGCAACGAUUUGAUAAGGAUAAUGAUUUUCUCAGUGCUGGUGAUAGUGUUUUUUAUUGAAUUUAUUUUUUGUCAGUUUACUCAUUACCGUAUGCAAAUUAAUCUCAUGACUCAUAUUUGAAUAAACAAAAUAAUAUCAUUAACAUGAUCAUAAACACUUAAAUACAAAUACUACAAAUAAGAUAACAAUGCAUAGCUUUGUUUGCCGCAAGAUGAAUGUAAAUCUAUGUUAUUCGCAGUCAGCAAACAGUAAAAUACCAAUAAAAAGAAAUAACCAAGCAUAACAAAAAACAAUAAAAAUGAUGUCAUAUUCUACAACUAUGCUGAAAAAGUUUUAAAAGGGCUGUACAGAGAGAAGGUAAUCAGAAGUCAUAAAGUAAUUAGAGCAUUGAUUUAUCAUAUUAAUGCAUCACCUACUGUAUCAUUUCAUAAUGCUUGUGAAAGCUCAACAUAUAGAUAAUUCAGAUGUGGAUGUUCAUGUAAAAGAAAACAAAAUAUAAUAAUACAUGUACAUGUGUCUGUCGUGUGAAACUAUAUGUCAAGGUGCAUAGAGAUAGGGAAAGCUCUAUGCUUUCAAGAAGCUUCUGCAUCGUUGGUUAGGAGUUAAUCAUCACCAUUAUCAGCUCCACCAUCACCAUCAUCUCCAUGGCCUUCAUCUUCACCAUUAUCACCAUCAUCCUCAUCCUUAUCAUCUCCAUCUUCAUCAUUCAUAUUAUGAACAGAUACAUGUAUUACCAUUUUGCUGUAUAAAGGUCUUAUUGGUUUAAAGGAGUUUUAAACCUGGGAUUGUCAUUUUUCUUUCAAGCAAUCUGCUUAUGAUGACAGUGCUUCUCCUGCAAAUUGUGUUUGUUAUAAUAAUUUGGUAGUAGAUCAUAUUUUGUAAAGAAUGAUAUAAAUAGUUCUUUUUCUCUAUGAUUCAUGGCAAAUACAGUUUUUUUUAAUAUGACAUGUAUGUUUGUUAUGAUAUGGAAAAAAAUUAUUAUAUGAAUGCAGAAGAAAAUAAAAGAAUAACAAAAAAAUCAAUCAAAAUAAUAAAAACUAUAAAGCUCUGGUAAUAACUGAUGAGAAAAGGGGAAAAAAGAUGGAUCGCUAUUCCCUUGCUCCUUGUUUCCCCUAUUCCCAUCUCGUGUAAUACAGCUUAAUUUGUGAAAAAAAUUGAAAUGGAACCCGAUAUGACCCAGGGUGAUACAUCAUCCAGGAAUGCAGGUCAGUUGGAGUUGGUCAAAUAUUAAUGAGGAGGAGCAUGGUCAACUUUGCUACUGACCAAGAGUGAUAGACCCAACAUCUGUUAGAUCCAUCAAACAUGGAAAUACCAUUUGGCUUACAUUUUUUUCAAUAUGUUACCAGUCACCCCAAAGCCAAAAAUGAGUCUCCAAGGGAAGGCUCUCUGUAAAUAGCCCAAAUAGUAAUUUGAAAAAAAAAGAAGAGAAAAUUAGAGUAUCUGAAAGAUUUUAUCUCCUUUUUGCAUUGUGAAAUUUGGAAGUUGCAAAGUUAUAUAAGAGACAAGAUGUAAGAUUUUCUUUGACAUCAUUUUUUAUGGAUGACUGGAAGUUUUACUGACAUUGAAGAGUCUGCGUACACCAUGCUUGAAUAAAUCCCAGACUUCUAACCUUGCUUUCUCCUUAUUCUCUGAAGCUCUCACUGUAUUUUCUCUACAAUCAAUCUAGUACGUUCAUGGAUGAUUGUUGAUCAUUUUUUUCUUCUUCUUGAAACAGUACAGGCGACCAUAUGGUGAUAAGUCAUAUAUUUUGAUAAGAUAUAGAUCAUUCUAAAGCUCAGGAUGUGCCUUUUCAAGAUCAAUACAAAUCUCUCUUU